GCGCCUGUGGAGACGGCGAUGGCGGCGGCUGUGACGGUGCUGGCGCCGAAUGGGAGGCGGCAGCAGGUGAAAGUGGCGGCGAGCACCCCGCUGCUCCAGGUUUUAGAAGAAGUGUGUAGAAAACAAAAAUUGGAUCCUGAGGAAUAUGCUCUCAAGUUCCAGAGAACAGUUUUGGAUUUGUCACAGCAGUGGCGAUUUGCCAAUGUCCCUAACAAUGCCAAGUUGGAGAUGGUUGCAGCUGUACGUCAGCAUGCUGGAACAGAGGGCAAGGUUCGAAUUGCUUUGCAGCUUGAAGAUGGAUCCAGGCUUCAACACCUUUUUCAAUGUGGUUUGACGCUGUGGGAUCUUCUUGAUCACUUUCCUGAGACAAGGAUUUCUGAACAACAGCUGUUGGAAGCUAUUCCAGCCUGUGUUUAUAUGAGAGAUGAGAUAACUGGUGAAUCUGCAUUAAAGACAACCACUCUAAAAUCACUUGGACUCACUGGUGGUGGUGCCAUAAUUAGGUAUGUUUUGAGGAGAUUCACUGUGGAUGGACAAAAUGAACCAAUGGAUUUGGCAGCAAUUUCUGACAAACAGCCAGCGAACAAAUCUGAAUCCAAAACCGUACUGAUUGAGGUUGUUGAUGGCUCUCCAUCUGAACCAGGCUCUGUUCAUUCUCUGGAGGAUUCUAGUCCUGAUGGGUUGAGCACAGAGAUUAACUCAAGCAAAACUGUGGAGGUUUUUGCUGAAAAGAAAGUGCCACCAAUGGAUUUGACACAAGAACACAGUAAAGACAUUACAGACCCUUUCCAAAAGAAAGAUGAAAGCAAAUUGCCAAUUGAACAGAUCAGCUCAGAGCCAUCAAAAAAGCCAAGUGAUGGUUCAGCACAGCCUGCUGCUCCUGAGCCAGGUCCUCCUUCAGAACGUUGUGAGGUUUCGGACCACGGUGCCUCAUCCACGAAACAAAAUGAAAGUCCUGUGCUUAUCCCCUUUCCAGCGGGUGGUCAGCGACUGGGCCAAUCAGAAAUGGAUCAAAAACACUUUACCCCUGAAAAAUCAUCAAAGGCAACACACUCUUCUACAGCAGCUGGUCCACCACAUCCAAAGAAAUCAAAAACUGUUCUUCAGCAGUCGCCACUGAAGAGUCCAGUUGACAUCCAACCCCCGAAACUGGAAUCCCUAGGAGCAUCCAUCACCAAAGAGCAUUUGAAGCCUGUUGACAGAGAGGCACUUACUUACCAUUUGGAUGGGAAGAAUCUUGUGGAAGGAAUUCGAGAAGCAAGUGUUUUUGAGGAGCUACCUGAUGAAUUCUUUCAGGUUACCAUAGAUGACGUUCGAAAACGUUUUGCUCAACUGAAAAGUGAAAGGCGACAGCUUGAAGAGGCUCCGUUGAUGACAAAAUCUAUGAGAGAAUCUCAUAUGAAAGAAAAGACUGAGCGCUAUCCUAAGGUUGUUGUAAGAGUGCAGUUUCCUGACAGAUAUGUCUUACAAGGAUUCUUCAGACCCCUUGAAACAGUGGAGGCACUGAUUGAAUUUGUGAAGAUGCAUCUGAUGGACCCAGAAAUUUCAUUUUAUUUAUUUAAAACACCACCUAAAGUACUUCUUGACGACCCAACUGCAACAUUGUUCGAGGCAAACUUGUUUCCUGCAGCGCUUGUCCACUUCGGUUCUGAAGUCAGAAUGGAUUGCUACAUACGUGAAGAGUUCUUGAAGUCUCCAACCUCUCUGUCCCAGGCAGACCUCACUGUAACCAGCUGUAUUCCCAGAUUUGCAAUCCCUUCAACUAGUUCAUUGACUUCCGAAGCAGCAUUUCAACCCCCUGCUAAGGGUAAGGAAGAGGAUGAAGUGAAGAAACAGCCUGUGACAAAUGUAGCAAGUUCUAGGCCAGUUCAAGCUGACCCGAGUAAAGUUCCCAAAUGGUUCAAACAGCCAGGGAAGCGUUAAGAAGAGGAAAGAUGUAAACAGUGCCGGGGCCUGACAUUUUCAAAGAAUGCAAAGCAAAUAAUCAUUAAUUGCCUUUUUUGAUCUGUGGAAGUGCUUUUUUUGUUUUGGAAAAUUUGAAUGAUCUGAAUUUAUUAAUUGUGUGAAAGAUUGUUCCAGAUUAAUAAGAGUUUUUACAAUAAAACAAAUGGAAAUUCUGCAUAGAUGAGCCCUGGUUUUGGAGCGCUUCUUUUAUUUUGUUUGAAUACCUAAGUAAAAUAAAAAAGGUAAUGCCAGAAAAUAAUGCUUAGUCGAGUAUUAGUCAAGAUCAACAUGUUUCUUAAGAAAAAAUCUUUUGAUGUUAUUACUUUAAGUAUUUUGUUUCAAAGUGGAUUGGAAGUUGUUAAAUAUAUGUUCCAGUUAUUAUUUGGAAUUUUUUCCAUGCCUGGUUCCAGCAAGGGGGAAACAGUAAGGGGUGGAGAAGAUGUGGUACCCUAGUAAGUAUGAAAGGCCUGUGUGUCUGUUAGCAGUCACUGGUUAUGCUGUGGUGUCUGGUAGCUGCACACCAGAUACUGUGGCAUGAAUUCAUUAGACAUCCUGCACACAAAUGAAGAACUAAACUGCUUUCAUGUUUUACUUCACCUGUUAGUGCUAUAGGACCAAAGUGAAAGUGAAGCUUUGCAACAUGCCUCCUUGUGAUCAGAUUCCACUAGUUAUUUAUUUAAAAAAACAUUCAAAUACUGACUAACAACAACCUGUUGUAAAAGUGACUAUCUGAAAACUUUUGGCUCUUCAAAUAAAACAUAUUGUUACAGCAAGAAUCUGACCGACACAAGCUUCAAGUGACAAUUUAUACAAGUGAUAAACGUUGUAACCUUUUUAGAAGCCUUUCAAAGGUGAUAGAUCAUAAAAUCUUGCAGUAAGGAAUAAGUUAGCAAGAGUGUUUUGAAGAUUACAGAGACAUUUCCUGAAGUGGAAGAGACGAGAGUUGAUCAGGGAGAUUCUGAACAGAAUGGAUAUGAUCCUAAUGACUCCUUCUCACUCUUUAUAUUCUAUACAUUGAUUUUUCUUCUGCUUCAUGUCCUAUGUAUUAAAUUACCCCUCGCAAUACAGUGCAGCUAUAAGGCCCAAAUCCAGUCCUCAACUAUUAAUGUUCCAUGUUUUCAUAAUGUUAUCAAACAUCUAGUUAAGGCUAAUAGUAUUCACUGAUUUAGCAAGUCAUCAUAAUUAUGGUGUUCUCAUAUAAUGUCAUGUAUGGCUUGGCACCAAGUUUGUGCAGGAUUUAAUAAUUUUCUGUUAGGGUUUACAGACAAUUCACGCUCUCUUUAAUUUUCAAUAUACUUGUUACCAACUUGCAUGAUAUUCCUUGCUCACUUUUUUCACAGGCAGCCCUUUAUGUGCUGUAUUUUUGGAGGGAUAGUUUAGCACUGAGAGGAAAUGAACCAGUUCCAGAAUGGUUGAAAUUCUGUAGAAUUCUAACAACUGAGGAUACAGCUUGCUUCUCAAGGAAUAGCUGUGCUAACUCGAAUGAAUUACCUUGAUGGUCCUGACCAAAAAACUGAGCAUUUUAUAUAUUGCAGGCCAUGUAUUUUCUUGGUGGGCUUAACCAGAUAGAUUGUAUAUUUAAAUACCUGUAUUAACAUAAAGAAUAUGUUAGAGAGUUAUUAUUCAGUUGUUCAUAAUGUCUACCUUAAUUUUAAUUAAGACUUUUGUAACUAAAAGAUAUAGCUGAACUGUUUAUCCCUGGUACUUUUAAAGGAUUCACCAUUAUUUCACUGUUCUCCAGUCAAUAUUUCAAUUUUAAAAGCCAAAAAGCCCUCAUAAUCCUACCCUGAAAUAUUAUUAAACCUCUUGUAGCAGUUACAAUACAGUGUUUCAGACAUAAUGUUUGCAGUACAACUGUCAAAGCCAAAGGCCAGCAGAGCAACUGAACCAUAUACACAACUGCUGCAUCUCUACACAUGGUUUCCAUCAUUAGGACUUAUAUUUCAUUUGUUUAAAACACAUUUACAAAUAAGAAGCACAAAUUCCUUAUCUAUUGUGCAGAUAAACGCUAAAUGUUGGCUGCUUAUGGCCUUUUGGUAUUUACAUGUGCUAUUACACGCAUUCUGUUUAUCUUCCUAAUUGAAACAGAUUCUUUCCUCUUAAACUAAUAUUUUUCUCACUCUAUAAUUGCUUACAAUGAAGAAGGGUAGUAUGUACCCAACUCUCCGUUGCUCUAUAAGUAGCCUAUUAGAAGUAGUCUUGGUAAUUCCAUAUUUCUCCCACCCAGUGCUAGGAACUUUACAGACGUUGAUUCAUGCAGAUAAUAUUUCAUGGUGCAAAACCAUUUCGCGUAACUUUUUUUUGCAAUGAUUCUAAAAUGUUCAAGUGCAUAACUAUUUUGUUUAUUGCUGAAGCUCUAAACCAUUGAGUUCCAACUCUGAUGGUGGAGGUUUCAGUCUCUGCCUCAACAUUCUACUUUGAGUAUGCAGGGGAUUGGAGGAAAAUGGGAAGGGAGAAAGAAAAUAGCAGGGUUUCCAUUGGUACUAUGUGAAUUUUCACUCCUACCUGAUAAUAUAUAGUGACAUCAGCAGUGGGUAUUCUUUUUAGUGUUUGACCAAUGUGCAGAGCUAAGGCCUAAAAUAUAGCGCUCCAUUAAGACCUGACACAUUGGAAUUUGGAGCAUUCCAGUGCCUAUUCUAAUGCUUUUCUGCUUGGUCUUUGUUCUUGCACCCUCCAUAAGCUUGAGCUCUCUCAAAACUCUGCUGCUUGUAUCCCAAUUUUGAACUGUUCGAUUCACCCAUCACCCUUGUGCUUGAAAUACAUUGGCACCUGGCCCAUGAGUACCUCAAUUUUCAAAAAAUUCUCUAGCUCAUGUUGACAUCCUUCCAUUAACUCAUCUCUUUCCAUUUAGUCUUCUCCAGCACCACCACCCCAGCCCCUCAUGCCCAGAGCUCUGAUUCCUCCAACUUUGGUCUUUUCAGCAUUCCUGCUUCCUUCAUAGCCCCACUGGCUACCACACCUUCAGCUGCCAAGACCCUAAUUUCUGGAAUUCCUUUCCUAAAUACCUCUGCUUCUCCAACUCUCCUCUAAAGCACCCUUAAAACCUACCUCUUUGACCAAGCUUUUGGUCUCCUAAUCAGAGAAUCAAGCAGAGGAGGGGGGGUCAUUCACUCAGUUUUGGCUCAUUAAAAGACUUUCCUGCUCUUUUCCCUUGGCCCUAAAAAUUAUACUUUUCAAAUAUGGGGGUCACAGUGUCAGAAAAAGGAGUCAGCCAUUCAGCUCCAAGAAGAGGAGAAAUCUCUUCAAAGGGUCCUGGAUCUUUGGAAUUCUCUGCCCUAGAAAGCUGGGGAUUCUCAAUUAUUGAGCAUAUUCAAGACAAGUUUAUAGAUUUUUGGAUACUAAGGGAAUUAAGGGACAUGGGGAUAGUGCGGGAAGGUGGAAUUGUGCUAGAAGAUGGUCUUGUUAAAUGUCAGAGCAGGCUCAAAGGGCCAGAUGGCCUACUCCAGCUUAUUUUUUAAAUAUCCAAUUCCCUUUUGAAAUGUUUCCGUCAUUUGGCUCAGCGUUAAUUUUUGUUUGAUAACACUCCGGUGAAGCACCUUGGGAUGUUUUAUUAUAUUAAAGGUGCUAUCUAAACGCAAGUUACAAGAGGAAGGCUAAACCUACAAACCAGCAAUCUCUACCAAAGAGAAAAGGGAGACUUGUAUUUAUAUGGCGCAGUUCACAACCACAAAUGUCCCUAAGCACAUUACAGCCAAUGUAGUACUUUUUGAAGUGCAGGCUCUGUUGUAACAUAGGAAAUGCGGCAACCCAUUUGUAGGUAGUCAGCUUUCCCGAACAGCAACAUGACAAUGACCAGAUAACAUGUUUUUUGUGAUGUUGAUCGAGAGCUAAAUAUUGGCCAGGAUUCUGGGGAUAACUUCUGUACUCUGCUACCAGCCAGAAGAACAAGGGCAGCUGAUGAAUAGGAACACCACCAUGACCCACAAACAUCCCCUUGGCAAGGCACUCCUCAUCCUUACUUGGAACUAUAUUGCCGUUCCUUCACUGCCGGAUCAAAAUCCUGGAAUUCCCCCCUCCCUAACAGCACUGUGGGCGUGCCUACCCCUCAUGAUUGCAGUGGCUCGCCACCAUCUUCUCAGGGGCAAUUAGGGAUGGGCAAUAAAUAAUUCCCACAUCCUGUGAAUGAAUUUUUUUUAAAAAUCGGAGAGAAAUUCCAGAAUUCUGAGUUGAUAGGGGAAAAAUUGUGUUAACGUCAUGUGUGUCUUGAUCCAUGGAUGAGUCCUGAUUUCAGCACAGUGAAGGUGCAGGAAGGAGAGAAAACCAUCUAUCCGCACCCGGAACUAAAUUAUAGUUCCCAUUUCUAAUUUACAUACAAAUUCAAAAGGGACAUAGUUCUGGUAAUCCUAGAAGGCACACACAAGCCAAGAGGGAUGAGCAAUUUGUGGAAACUUGUGUAAAGACUAGUUUAUAGCUGGUGGGUUUUUUUUUGUAUUUCACGAGGUAGGAGAAAGACAUUUAGUCUGAUUUUUAUUUUCCAGAGUUUCAUUACCCACAGCAGGCAGAACCUGUUUUUUUUUCCACUUUGUUGUGUUGUCAUUAAACUUAAUGCCACUUUGCAGAUUUGGUUGCACUCUUAGGAAUCUGUGUGUAAUAUAUACAAAGCAUGUGUAUUAUAUCUGUGUCUGUGUAUAUAUUACCUAUAUUAUGUAUAAUUAAACAUGUGUCUCUGUCCAUAGAUACCAAGGUCUGCUCAAACGUUCAGUCAGUAACUGCAUAAAAAACAGGAACAUAAAGGAGAAAAGCGGCUUGGUAAAGAAGGUUCAAAGGUUGAAAAUAGACUUUCAUCCUUAUCCUAAUAAAAAUAUACAUUGAAA